AUGCUUGAGUCAAAAGGUGACGCUCCAGUUCCCACUUCCCUAUUGCCUCGAGUUGACUGUCAUGACUGCCUCAAGCAACACCACAGGGACAUUGAGAUGAAGCAUUUUGCGACAUCUUCUCGAGAAGCUUUCGACGGAGGAAAAUUGUCUUUCAAGUCCUCUGAUGGUGAACUCCACUUCUCAUGCCUACUACUACUACCACUACCAUCCUGUCAACGAAAAAACUCUGUGUCUUUUCAAGGUUGGAACUCUGUGGGCAAAACCCAUAUUCGGAUGUGCAAUUCUGCGAAUGGCCUGAAAUUCCUUCAUAGUCCCCGAAUUAUUAUCCGGAAGCAAGGAACUCCUAACAAUUUGCCAAUUAUUCGGGGCACGACAAUCUGUAGCAAUCAAUACAACCCCAGUCAUUGA